AUGGCGGACCAGUCAAUCAUCCGCAUCACCAAGGAAAUCGGCGAGCUUCAGAAGAGUUCAGACCUUUCUCUCGCUGUAGCCUUUCGUGAUCGCGAUGUCCGAAAUGUCAGAGCCUUGAUUAUCGGCCCUCACGAGACCCCAUAUGAGUUUGGCUUCUUCGAGUUCUCUGUCAAGUUUAACAAAGACUAUCCCCGCAAGUCUCCCAGCGUCACCGGAAUAACCACGAACAGCGGACGUUGCCGAUUCAAUCCCAACAUCUAUUCCUCAGGAAAGGUGUGCUUGUCCAUCCUGGGAACAUGGAGGGGAGAGCGAGGAGAGGAGUGGUCUGCUGCUCAGGGUUUGGAAUCAAUUCUUCUCUCGAUACAAAGCCUCAUGUCGUCGAACCCGUACGAGAACGAGCCCGGGUUUGAGGAUGCGAAUGAGUUGCAAGACAAAAAGAACCAGAAGGAUUAUGUUGCAAAGAUCCGCCAUGAGUCACUGCGCAUCUCCGUCAUCCAGCGGCUAGAGGAAUACUUAGGGAUUAACAACACAAGCGCCAUAUCGCAGCAAUCGCCAGAGCAACGAGAUUACGACCUCGACAUAGAUGAUGACGUCGAGGUUGAUGAUGCUAGUAUUCCCUGGGAGCCGUUCAAGGACCUUUGCAAGCGUCGUUUCCUCUGGUACUACGAUACGUACUUGGAGUCUAUCAAAAAAGCGAAAGAAGAAGUUAAAGAUGACCAAGCCUUUGUGCGCAUGCCAUUCGAAGGCGCAUCAAACUCGAUGGAAGGGAAAUUUAACUACACGGAACUCGAGCAGAGAAUACGUCGAAUCAAGAAAGCGAUAGAUGCGGAGUCGGAUCGGUGGGCGGUAGAAGGAGGCUCGGCCAGGACGAAGGAUGCAACAGUAGCCGUCAACCUCGCGCGGCAAUUUGAGCAGAUCAAGGAAUCCUUCAAGCGCAGCGAGGUCCCCCACAAUAUUGAGCUGGUGGAUGGAAACCCCUUCGUGUGGAGCUUCACUCACUUUGGCAGACCCAUGACGAACCUGGACGGGGGCAUGUUUCGCAUUCAGCUGAACUUCAGCCCCCGUUUCCCUGAAGAGCAGCCGAGAGUCAAGUUCCUAACGCCGAUAUUCCAUCACCGAAUCGCAGCAGACGGCACGCCGUGCUACUUUCCGAAUCCUAGCCGUCGAGAAGAUGUUAGGCAGCACAUUGAUGCCAUCAUUGAGGCACUAGAAGAGGAGCAGCCUCCUUACGACCCGAGAACGCUAGUUCACCCCGAAGCUCACAGGCUAUACUGGGGCAACGCGGACCAGCGGAAGGUGUACAACAGACAGCUACGUCGAUCUGUGCAGCGAAGUAUGGAGGAGAUCUAA